CGGUUUGUGUGCCCGUGACUCUCGGCCCUCGGCUGGAAGAACAUGCUGCCUAGGUGAAUCCUGAAGUUUGUACAUAACCUCGUCCUUGCUUCGUUAUUGUUUCGUUCCAUCCUUCGCCUCCCAUCCUUCGCAUCCUUCUCUUCCUCCUCAAAACCGGAGUCAAUUGCACACAGCGUCUCUUCUUCACACGCUUCCACACAUCGCAAACAUGAAGACAUCAACUACUAUCAUCGCCCUCGCGGCCGCCACCACAACUCUGGCACAGUACACCAACCAGUCCGCCCCCUUCAAGCUCCAAAUCAAAUCCGAGAACGAAACCCUCAACGGCAACUAUCUCUACGCCUGCCACGAAGGCGCCGCCAUUGAAGGCCUCUGCCCCGCCAACGCAAUCAAUCUCGGUUCCGCCGGCGCCUCAACCUACAAUUUUAACACUUCGGCCUCCACCACCUCCGCCGUCGGUGUCCUCACCUACCUCCUGCAAGGCUCCAACUUCGCCGUCUCGGAACCCUUCGCGCUCUCCUACACCCCCUCCACCAACGUCGCCGUCCCGCUCUUCUACCCGGACACCACGUACACCGAGGUCGGCUUCGACGCAGACAACAAGCUGUUCAUCGAGGCGUAUGUGGACGACACAGUCACGCCGCUGAAGGACGGGCUCGACAAGGCGAAGGACUACUAUCGCUGGGUCGUGUGCGAGACGUAUGCUGGCUAUGACUACUAUACCCUUGCGUGGGUGAUGGGGAAGGCGCCUGCGCAGAAUCCGAGUUGCCAGGCUGUGGAUGUUGUGAGAGAGUUUGUUAAGGCAUAGACGACAUGAUGUCUGGGCAUCGGAGUAAUGGUAUUUGCAUGGAGAGCGAGCAUGGGAUGCAUAGCAGGUACUGAGCAUUUAAUGUUUGUAUAAUAAAAGUGAAGCAGUGCUUCUACGCUCUCUGUUAAGAGGAAGUCGGUGUUCUAUGGAGGGUGACUCGUGAUGUGUAAGGUAGG